CCUUGACAUGAUCUGGUCUUCACUCACUUGGACGGCGCUAGCGGCCUUUUGCGUGGGCGUGUCCUCACGGAAGAUAACACCCUAUACCGACGGCUACAUCAAUUACACCACUGUUCCUGGAUACUUUCUCCAAGACGAUCCGACCACAAACGCUUCCACCUUCAAUUAUACCUUGACCAAUUUUGGCCUAAUCAAUCGAACUUAUGAAACGACAAACAAUCUGGCAGAAUCUCUCACACAAUGGCAACAAUUCAAACAACACGUCGAAGCCAUGAAUGCUGCUGCGCCACCCAACACCGUCUACAAAGUGCUCUUCAUGGGCAGACACGGCGAAGGCUACCACAACGUGGCAGAAAGUGCAUUCGGUACACCAGCCUGGAAUUGCUAUUACGCGCAACUUCCCGGCAACGGCACCCUUUUCUGGGAAGACGCCCAACUCACCCAUACGGGAAUUUUCCAAGCCGAAAUCGCUCACAAUUUUUGGAAAAAUAGAAUCCGAAUUGAGAAAAUUCCUUUUCCUCGGAGUUUUUAUACUUCGCCUUUGCAAAGAUGUUUGGCGACUGCAAAUAUCACAUUCGGAGACUUGUCGGACUUGUUGUCGUUGGAUUCCCCUUCUUCUUCUUCUUCUUCUUCUUCUGUUUUCCAACCCACAAUCAAAGACCUCCUCCGCGAAAAAAUCUCCAUCCACACCUGCGAUCACCGCAACAGCACCGCCACCUCCCUCCUCCAAAUCUACCCCCAUUUCCUUCUCGAACCCGGUUUUUCCGAAUUCGACCACCUCUGGAAUGGCCUCACCGCAGAAUCUGACACCGCACAUUCCAUCCGCAUGCAAAAUUUUCUCGAUGACAUUUUUUCCCAUGAUGAACAUACGUGGAUUUCGUUGACUUCGCACUCGGGGACGAUUGCUGCGAUUUUGAGGGUUAUUGGACAUCAGGGUUUUCGGCUUGCUACGGGAGGGGUUUUGCCGGUUUUGGUGAGGGGGGAGUUUUUACCUUCUUCUUCUUCUUCUUGUAUCGAGGACGGAGCGACGAGCGUUACGACGAUGAUGACGACGAUGACGAGUAUGGUGGAAAGUUCUUAUUAUACUACUUCUACUUGGUGUCAUAAUGGACCUCCGGUGUGUUACGAAGCAAUACGUGAGCAGCACGUGACCAGCACGUGACUAGCACGUGACUGGCACGUGACUCGCCCCUCGGCACGGGCGGAAGGGACAUGUAUAAUAGCUUCCAUCCUAAGUUAGUCACAGAAUCAUCAUCUUGUCAACA